AGAUUGGGACGUGUUGUGGCGCUUGGGCCAUCGCGUCACCUCAUGUCAUUCUUUGUGCCGUCCCCAGAAGGGUGUAUUUUUCGCCAAAUCACGUCGCCGGCAGGAAGGUCCCCACUUUUCGCGCGGUCACCCCCAAAUCAGCAGAGCCACUCCUGACAGGCGCGUCCAGCUACAAAAAGCCCAGUCCCCCUCGCCAACUGCAAUUCUUCCUGCAUCCACCAACUUUCUUUCGCAACAUCCACGUCAACACGAUCGUCAAAUUCAUCCAAGACUUCUAGUCGCAUCGCAUACUUUUCAUCGUCAAUCCAAUCCUCAAACAUUCAAAAUGCCCCCCAAGGCCGCCGACAAGAAGCCCGCCUCCAAGGCCCCGGCUACCGCCUCCAAGGCUCCCGAGAAGAAGGAUGCCGGCAAGAAGACCGCGCCUUCGGGCGACAAGAAGAAGCGGACCAAGGCCCGCAAGGAGACUUACUCCUCCUACAUCUACAAGGUCCUCAAGCAGGUCCACCCCGACACCGGUAUCUCCAACCGUGCCAUGUCCAUCCUGAACUCGUUCGUCAACGACAUCUUCGAGCGGGUUGCCACUGAGGCUUCCAAGCUUGCUGCCUACAACAAGAAGUCGACGAUUUCCUCGCGCGAGAUCCAGACAUCCGUCCGCCUCAUCCUUCCCGGUGAGCUGGCCAAGCACGCCGUGUCGGAAGGCACCAAGGCCGUCACCAAGUACUCGUCCAGCACGAAAUAAACGACGGACUCGGGUUUUGCUUUUCUCGUUUUUCUCUUAGGGCACAGGGAUUGCUUGGCAUUUGGGAGUCAUGACGAGGCUGGCCAAGGCACACACGCCCUUUGGAGUCUCUUAAUGCAACGCGUUACGGAUGGUCUGCUUUUUGGGGGCAAUGUUUUCAUGGUUAUGGGGUUUGCGGUUGUACAAUACAUGCCUUGAUAUCAGGGUUUCGGGCGAAAUGAAAUCGUGCAUAUGACCAA